AUGUCUGCCUUUGGUGGAUCGUGCUCUCGGCUGUCAGCAGCUAAUCUAAGCUUCAGAAAUCCUCGAAGGGGAUCGUUUCACGCAAACCUUCCUGAGGUGAAGGGUUCGGCAAAAUCGUCUUCUCGCGUGAAGGUGAUGAACCUCAAACCGCUGGAAGAAAUGGUCACUUGUCCAAUAGAUCUAAAUUUUUUGGAGGAUCCUCGUCUUCUGCCCUGUGGUCAUGUGUUUUGUAGGCAGUGCCUCGACUCCUACAUUAGUCAAAUCCUCUCUCGUCCUAACAAGGGAAGCUCGUCGGCUCAUCCUCAACUCCCCUGUCCUAUUUGCCGCGCCCCUCAUCCGAUACCCGAAUCACAUGCUGCUCGGGACUUUCCUAAAUCUUUUAAUCACACUAUGGUCCUCGAGUACAUUCGCAGUCAAACCCUCAUGUCUGAGCCCAGCGAUUCUGGGACUUGCAGCGGUGGACCAAGUUCUUCACGUAGCAGUUUUUAUAACCCCUCUCCUAUCGGGCGUCGUAAGACGUCAUUAAAUGUAACAUCAGACGCAUUAAACAGUCUUGUCGCCGAUAUUGUUGCCUUAAAGCGAAGCGGAAGUAACGCUGUUUUGAAUCUGGCUCAGCUGCUUCACGGAGUACGCAAAUUAGCAGAACUGUCGGAAAUUCAACAGAUUCGUCAUCGGACCCCUUCCAGCUUGCCCGAGCCUGAGCUUGUUGAACCUUCCGCGCCCCCUGCUCCCCCCUCUCCUCCUCCUCCUCCCCCAGAUGUGAGGAAGUCGUCGCCUAGACAACGACAGUGCGAUCCUUCGAUAAGAAAUAGUGGGAGGUUUCAUUCGGCUGCCAAUAAUGCUCUUGGUAUGGCAACACGUGGUGCGCGUCGAUCGGAUCCAGAAAGGUCAAGUUACGCCAACUACCGUGAACUCUUGACGGCCCGGACAAAAAUGAUGAGGAAUUCAGACUACGUCUGUCUCAGAAAGGCGCUUGGUCAAUGCAAUGGGUUACCGAGUGAGGUGAUAUCCCACGUUGGUAUGCACCUUUUGCCCAACCGAGAUGAAACUCAUGUGAUGCAAUAUACACUCGGCGCUGACGGGAUGACCGGCCUACUUCAAUUAUGGCGCAAAAGGGUCCCUGUUCAUCCUGGUCGUGAAAGCUUUACAAUAUCAACGAAUUCGAGCAAAUCACCUGAGAAAAACCCGGACGCAGUUCUGCGACAGUGCUGGAGUCUUGACAACAUCUCCAAUAUGGGAAAGCUCGAGGUUCAGUACAUGCGCUUUUUCAGGACACGUGUUUACAUGACCGUUAUUGUACGACAACCGAGUGAAAAUGGGGACGUCUCUGGCGAUGUGUCGAUCUCACCAGAUCUCGUUGACCCUGGCGUCGUUAUAUGCUGUGCCUUGCCAGAUCCGAACCACAAAUUCACAGCUGAAGAGCUUACUAGUGGCGACACUGAAGAGAAAAAGUUUUCCAUACUUGACGUCUCAAGUAUUUUUCUGCGCGAUGCGGUUGGCAUGACCAAUCUUGGUCGUCCUACAAUAGCAGGAUUGGACGUUGAUCGAGUAACCGGCGCUGUCUAUGUUGCUCUUUGUGCUAACGCCAUGGUCUGUCGUCUGAACCCCGAAGAUCUGAAGCAAGUAGAUCGAGAAUGGUUCCUAAACGAGCCUCAGCUAUCACCAUCCUUCCUUUGUGUUGCCAAGCAAGAAAAUGAAGUCUGGGCUAGUUGUCCCCUAGAUGACAAAGUUUUUAUUCUUGAUUUGACAACUGAUACCUUUACACAGUUUACCCCCAGCGUGAUGUUCAAUAUUGUGCCGUCGGAAAUAAUCUACACAACAGACAAUCGGAUUAUGCUACUGGACACUAAAUUGUCGAGAAUUUACUGGUUGCAGCGCGUGCAGCAAAGCAUUUGUAGUCAGCGCAUUGACCACACAAUGAAGGAAAGGAGGAGACGGGGUAUCGACACGAUCCAGCCAGUCGAUGACACGUUGGUUUAUUUUUACCUCGGCCGAUUUAUGGCCUUGGUUGGGUAUUCAUCAAGUGAAGAGGAGCCCGAAAAUGGCGAAGAGUACUCUACACUGCCUCAUUUUAUGUGUGAUCUUGAGGGCGAUAUGGUGCGCUUUGGUAAUCAAAGUCGAAACCCGCCUACGGAUGGACGCCUUCGAAAUUUCCCACAUAAACAUGGAAACUGGGCCACCAGUGUGUUUGCUCCGGCUAAUUCUGCCCUUGAAAACUACUUUAGAAGUCUUCUGAACGAUGUAGAGAAGGUUCUUUUUGGGAGCAGGCAUCAAUUCCACAUUUGUGAAGAUUUUCAUUUGAGCCUAACCAAAACCUGGCCCCUGCUUCAUCACUGGAUUCCAGGGUUCACCGAAGCAGUUCGUGGACUCGCUGCUGCCAGUCACAGGUUUUCUGUCAUAUUUGACGGGGCUCAGUUUCUAGUGAAUGAAGAAGGAACAAGGUCCUUUUUAGCUGUUCGAGUAAAUGCCUCUCCUAACUUGCUCGAUGUUGUUCGGCGGCUUGAUGAAACAGUUGUACUCUUUCGCGGUGAACCUUAUUACAAGGUUGGUGCUGGUGGACAAACAUUUCUCAAAUACCAAUAG